CAAAAAACUUCAUCAUAGAACACAUAAUUAGUCACUUGUAUCUUGUAUCUGGAUUGGAAAGAUUUUGAGCAGGUGACAAAUGAGAAUCAACCCUUUUGUUUCUUUUGUUUCAGGUUGAUGGAAAACUACACCUUCAACAGCUUUAACCUGCAGCUGGAGGGGUUAAAAGUCACAGAGGUUUCCAUGUACCCGGUCUUUUUCUUUUUCUUUCUCUCCUACCUGCUUAUUAUAUUAGUCAAUGUGGGCAUCGUAGUCCUGGUUUUCAUUGACAAAAACCUUCACCAGCCUAUGUACCUGCUUUUUUGCAACCUGCCAGUCAAUGACGUUGUUGGAAAUUCAAUCAUGGUGCCCCGUUUGCUGGUAGAUAUCUUGCGUCCUCCCUCUGAACGCCUCAUCAAUUAUUAUGAGUGUGUGGUCCAAGCUUUCACCACACACAUGUUCGGUACCACCACUCACACAGUCCUGAUGAUUAUGGCCUUUGACAGAUAUGUGGCCAUCUGCAGCCCCCUGCGCUACGCUGCCAUCAUGACCAACAAAAUGGUGAUCAAGCUGACAGUUGCUGCCUGGGGAGUGGCCUUUGUUUUGGUCGGGAUUCUGCUCGGUCUGACCAUACGCCUGAACCGAUGCAGGACUCUGAUCACCAACCCCUUCUGUGACAACGCCUCGCUGUUUAAGCUCUCCUGUGAGAGUGUGUUCAUCAAUAACGUCUAUGGCCUCACUUUCACUGUGGUUCUACUCACCUCCUCUAUUGGCAGCAUCGUUCUCACCUAUGCUAAGAUUACAGUAGUCUGUCUGACCAGUAGGAACAAGUCUCUGAACAGUAAAGCCCUGAAGACCUGCAGCACUCACCUGGUUUUGUAUCUGAUCAUGUUCUUUUGUGGAACACUCAUCAUCAUCCUGCAUCGUUUCCCUCAGUACUCAGACUACAGAAAACUUUCUGCCAUUCUGUUUCAUAUCAUUCCUGGUAGCCUCAACCCAAUUAUUUAUGGGGUUCAGUCAAAAGAGAUACGAAAAUUCCUAUCAAAAGUUUUCCAGUCCAAAAAGCUUUUGCCAUCAUUAUAAUGUAAAUACAAACAAGUUUCUAAGUUUAAAAACAUGGAGGAAAUGUGCUUGUCGUUGCUGUUUUUCUAAAUGUUUCAGUUUUUCUUCAUCGUCACUUUUCAUAGAAAUAUUUCUUAAAUGUAAGAAGUGGACAUGGUUAAGGAAAAAAGAUUAGAUUAUUGGUUUUUAUAAUCAAUAAAGUUAAUGACAUUUAAAUAUUUCAAGUGAAUCAGGUUACUGAGAAACUGCAGUGAUUCACGGUGCAAGUGUUUGUUCUUUUAAUUGUUCCCAUGGUGGAA